AUGGCGGACACGCUUUUAUUUCGAUUUCUCAAAUCUCAACCGAAACAUCUGAAAUUAAACAAUCAAAAACUGGAAAAAAUACCUAAACUGAUUGGUAAGCUUGAAGGUAUUCGACAUCUUGAUUUGAAAAACAACAAAUUAAAAGAUUUGCCUGAAGAAGUCAGUCAACUUUUCGAGUUGGAAAUCUUGAAUUUGGGAAACAACGAAUUCGAAGAAAUUCCAGAAUGUGUUCUGUUCUUGACCAGUUUGACGAAAAUUCAUCUGUUUGGAAACAAAAUUUAUUCCAUCAACCCAUCAUUCUUCGACAGUCUAGAAAACCUGACAUUUCUGAAUUUAAAUGGAAAUGAACUGACGCAAGUGCCUCCUGAAAUUUGUCGACUGGGUAAUCUGCAAUUUUUAAGUAUUGACAACAACAAAAUUGAAGAGUUACCAGUAGAGUUUUGUGCAUUGACCCACUUAAUAGAAGUACAUUUAGCAGGGAAUCGAAUACACAGUCUUCCUCUGGAAUUUGGUUUUUUAAACAACUUAGAACGUCUUUAUUUACUAAAGAACAAAAUCAGGGAGUUACCAGAGAGUAUUGGGAAAUGUUACAAAUUACGAAUAUUAGACAUUGCAGCUAACGAACUUAGAAUUUUUCCAACCGAAAUUGCAAAUCUACCUUUAAAAGAGUUACAUUGUGAGGAAAAUCCAUUGUUACAACAUGUCCCAGUUCAUUCAGUACAGGAGGAAGAAGUGUUAGCUUUAAAAGAAAUAACGGCUCGCUUCGUGAUGAAGGAAUUAAAAGACAGGUGGUCCUAUUUACGGAAACGUAUCCGCCAUUAUCCCGAUAUUAGGGACAUGUUAUCACAAUCUAGUAAAUGUGCUCUGUGUGGUGAAUCAUUUUUAAAUACGUGGCUCGAGUGUGUUCAGUUCAUUAGCACCAAACAGAAUAUAAAAGUGAAAAAUAUGUCCGGUUUAGUACCGGUUCGAGCUUUGUUAUGUUCCUAUAAAUGUUUUAAUAGUCCUGGACAUGAUUAUUAUGGUGUGGCAUUUCCUUAACUAUUUGUACUAUUUAUAAACACAAACAAACCUUAGAUCAGGUUGACACUGACAUAACUUAUUAUUGCAUUUAAAUGUGGGUCAUUUUUACUCAAAAAUUUCCUGUGAUGGAAAUUCUUUGGCAAAAUUUUAAUAGAUCACCAUGUAACAACUAAUCAUUUAGUUUCAUUUGACUUCAACUCCAAUAAAUAUCUCAAUUUAAGAGUCAAGCUUUCUGUUGGUUACAUGACUUGUGGGUGAUCAAUUUUCUAACUAUUGACCUGCAAACCGUGCUAAGUUGAUAAAUCCUAGUUUGGCUGCAUCAGGUCAUCUGAAAGGAUUAGCAAUCCUUGUAUGUGUGUCAUGAAUAUUAGAUGACAUCAACAACAGUUGAUGACAAUUAACAAUGUAUUGAGUUAAAAAAACAAAAAAAUUUCACAUCGCCCUAUACACUUUUUUUCAUUUUGUUGUCUACUUUCGAUCCAGUGUUAUCUGAAAAAGUCUUUUGUCCUUGUGUUAAAUUUGUACUUUUUCAUAAAACUAGUGUCAACUAUAUAAUGCUACUGUAAAACAUUUGUUAAUAAUCUUUAUCUGUGAUACUGAAAUAUUUUUUGAAGAUAUAUUUUUUGAAUGUUGUUAUAUUGUAUCUGAACUGAAUUAUAGUUUUGUUGUCUGUUUC